AUGAACUCUUCCCAUCAAAAAUUGGGAGACAUUAGUUCAACACCUCAAGGUGAAGCAGGUGUUAGUAGCACUCAAGAUAAGGCUAGAGAACAGCAAAAAAUGCCGAUGCCAAUUUCUGCUCCUCAUGAAGACUUCAUUAAGGAUCAUUCUAGCCUCAACCAGAAAGGUGUUCCCGAGAGUGUACUUAUCUACAACAAUACAAUUGAAUUUGUAGAAGAAAGACAAUUAAACUCACCCGAUUUCUCAAGCCUCUAUAAGGACGCUAUAGAAAAAGUUAAGCGUAACCAUCGGUUUGUUUCUGUAGCAACAUUGCAAAGAAUUGCUGAUAAUGUUGUUUCCACUAUCACAAAGCCAACCUAUUUGGAUUCUGCCCAACAACAGAAAUUAAUGGGUAGAUAUUACAAUUCAAAAUGUGGCUUGCCUAUUUAUCAAGGUUCGAUUCGUCCUGAAUUAUUUGGCAUGUAUAAACAUUUAACAACUCCCGAUUUAUUGAACAACAUUAAAAAAGAGACUCUCUUUGACAAAAGUGUCAAUGUUGAGAUGCUUUUGGGUGUUUCUGGGAAGGGAAAAACCUUCAAAAUGUUGUCAAGAAGUGUACACCAGGACUACUUUUUGAUUUACAUGAUUUUGGCUCCUGAAUCUAAUUUAUUUUCUGACUUUAGUUCUCCUGAUUUAACCCAAAUAAUAGAUCCUUGUUACAACCUUUUAGCUAAGAGAAUUAGAAGCUUGAGAACAGAUGUAGCAAAAAAUGUUGUUGUGUUCAAUGAAAUUCAAGUAUUUAUACUGGCACGGUUGCUUUACUUAAGGUCCCUCUUGAAGGUCAACAAGUAUUUGACAUCGACCGAAUUUCUAGAAUACCAAUUAAAUGGGUACUUGAAAUGUAUCAGCUAUAUUUAUGCUGAAAUUUUGAGUGAGCUUAGUCCUUGGGAAACUGAUUUGGCCUAUUUCAUAAACUAUAACCGAAUGUUAAUUGGUAGUAUUAAGGAUGAGUAUGGAAAAGAUGUUGGUUUUGGUUUAGAUGAGAUUUUGAAUACUUCUAACAAAUCUCUUUUGGAUAUUUUUGAUUAUGAAUGUAAUCAAUUUAGAAAUUUACAACAUUUCAUUGUCAGAGAGGUCACUAAACUUCAACCGAUAUAUGUUGGCAUAGCAGGCACCAGUUUUGAUCAGCGUUAUGUAGAUCAAUAUUUGUCAUUAUUGGGAAAGAGAGUGAAUAUUAGAAUGAUGCCAAGCAAGUUUGAUUCCAUUAAUCGAGGCAAUAUUGAAUCACUUUUAAAAUUCAUGAUCAAUCAAUCAAAGAAGGUUAUUUCAGAACUUACUGACAUUCACUUAAUUCAUCAAUUUCUGGGUAGAAAAAGAAUAUUCUUUACUUUCAUUAAGAAUUUAUUUAGUUGUAAAAAUGUUAAAUCAGCAGCUCUGGUAACAUUAGAUACUUUUCGUAAUGACCUAACUCAAUUCCUACGUCAAAAGCUUUCAAUCUAUAGUCAGAUAUUUUGGGAUGGAGUGAGUGAUUUAAUUAUUAGGCACCUAUCAAUUCAAUUAAGAGGAGAAGGAGAGAACAAGAUAUGUACUAUAGAUCCAAGUUGGAUACCAGUUGGAAUGUGUGAGAUUGAGCGUAAUGAAGAUGGUACUUAUUUAGUUAGUCUUUUAGAUGAACAAGUAUUAAUCGACACCCUCUUUGAAUUUUGUAGAGAUAGUUCAUUAUUUUUCUCUGAAAUACAAAAAAGAAUAACCAGAUAUCCAACAUUAUUUGGAGGGCCAAGUUUUGGUGGUAUAUUUGAAUGGUUAGUUGUUUUGAACUUAAUGUUCAACAAGCGGUUGACAAGUGUAAAUUCUUUGAAAGCACUCAAGUUGUUAAAUUCAGGAGAGAUGGAUCAAAUCAUAUUAGAAUCUCAUGAUCUUAAAUUUAAGCCUCUAUCUUUGAAUCGAUUUGGCUUGAUUAAGAAUGUAGACGAGGACAUGCUUUCCUAUCUAUGGAAAUGUGUUGAAGUUUGUACCAAUGUUAAUGAUAACAAGAUGAUCAUAACAGAGGAGCAAAAACUCUACCUGAACAGAUUGAUAAGACUUCCAAAUUCAGCUCAUCAAGAUUUUUUGAGCUUUCAAGAAUUUAACAAUUAUUCCACAAUAGUUAUGGUAGAAUUCUCUAUCAAAUAUAGUGAUACAUGUGUAGGUCAAGAAGAAAUGAAAAAGUCAUUGGCUCAAUUAGACAUUGAUAAAUAUUUUCAAAGCUACAAGAAUGAAUCAACAAGUAAUCAAGAAAUUAAGAAUUUAGUGAACCAAUUGAAAACAAUCCCAACCAUCAAGAUCCAUAUUUGGUAUCCAUCAGUAAAACCAAAUACCAUUCCAUCCAUUGUGAGAUGUGGAUAUUCAAACUUGAGAGAAAUGGUUCUUGAUCCUCACCAAUUUUUAGAUAAUCAAAUAGUAAAAUGGAUUAAACAAAGACAACAACAAGAACCAACCAAAAUUGAGGAAAUUAAAGGUAAUCUCACAACUAGAAGAAUAGAAGAGUUCAUUAAUGAUCAAUCUUCUCCAAUUAAACGCCACAUAGAAUUAGAGCACAACAUGGUAAAGAUGUCAUUCAGAACUCCAGAGAAGGAAACCAAAAAAGAACGAACAAGCCGCAUUGGAAAGUUCAACAAAAGAAUGAUGAAACUGGGAAACAGAGUGGCCAAUUUGAAGAAGUGGAAUUAUGUGUGGAGUUAUCAUGAGAAAACAUAA